AUGACCAAAAAACUAGUUCUCAACACCACCUGGGAGGGGCUGAACCCUUCCAAUUCCUCGAGGUUUCCGGAAAACCCUUUGUUGCACCAGAACAUCACCUACGUUGAUUUGUACCUCCACAAACCCUCUGUGGCUGCUGUCUUUACUGUCUCCUACCUGCUCAUCUUCCUGGUGUGCAUGGUGGGCAACGGGGUGGUGUGUUUCAUCGUGCUGCGCAGCAAGAACAUGCGCACCGUCACCAACCUGUUCAUUCUCAACCUCGCCAUCAGUGACCUGCUGGUUGGCAUCUUCUGCAUGCCAACCACACUGGUGGACAACAUCAUCACAGGAUGGCCCUUUGGAAGUGUAGUGUGUAAGCUAAGCGGAAUGGUUCAAGGGAUAUCUGUGUCAGCAUCUGUGUUCACUCUAGUGGCAAUAGCUGUUGACAGGUUCCGCUGCAUUGUCUACCCUUUCAAGCAGAAGCUGACCAUCGCCACCUCAAAACUAAUUAUUAUCAUUAUAUGGGUCCUUGCCGUGUCCAUCAUGUGCCCUUCGGGGGUCAUGCUCCAGGUCACAAAGGAGCAGAGGGUGCGAAUAGUCCUUGGCAGCAACAAUGACACUCGUCCCUUCUACUGGUGCAGAGAAAAUUGGCCCAAUCAGGAGAUGCGGAAAAUCUACACCACGAUCCUGUUUGCAAAUAUCUACCUCGCUCCUCUCAGCCUGAUUGUCAUCAUGUACGCCCGCAUCGGUUUCACCCUCUUCAAGACCACCAUUCCGCCGAUGAGGGGCAGCGGGAUUAGUCCCGGGGAAGGCAGCGGCCACAACAAGUUGAGCAUUGAAGGCAGGCACACGAUUUCAAGGAAGAAGAAGCGAGUGAUAAUGAUGCUGCUGGUCGUGGCUCUGCUCUUCAUCUUAUCUUGGCUGCCUCUGUGGACGCUGAUGAUGCUGAGCGACUACGCCAGCCUGAAAGAGCACCAGCAUCGAGUCAUCAAUAUCUACGUGUAUCCCUUAGCUCACUGGCUGGCCUUCUUCAACAGCAGCGUCAACCCCAUCAUCUACGGGUUCUUCAAUGAGAACUUCCGCAGAGGUUUCCAAGCAGCUUUCAAAUUUCAGCUGUGCUCUGCUGACAUUGUGCACCAGAGGACCUACUCCCAUCGGAUCAGGGCGAAUGCCGUGGUCCCGGUCCAGCCUGCCGCUCUCAGCAGAUCGGGCUCAGGAGGUGGAUCGGUGUUAGUGGGAAAUGGGAAGUGCUCGUAUCAGGAGGGAGAGUGCUUGGCUGACAGAAAUGAUAUCAAAGAGCAGGAUCUGGUGAUGGAGGACCUGGAAAAAGCAAAUUGUCCUGCCGGGGGAAGCUGCUGGCACUGGGGAUUGCUGUUGCCGUGUGGGGGUCAUUUGUGGUUUUAA